UGGAAGGGGAUAUGAGAGUCAAUUAUCUGUGGGCACCAGAAAGGUGAGACUCCCAACUUCAGUCGUUCAUUGUUCAGUGAGUGAAACACGCGAGAUAAAUUCGAGGUGAAAAGAGUUCCACUGUGCGCAAUUGUAAGAUUUUACCUGCGUCUGCUUCGGAGGAUUAAUUUAGGUCCCCUGAAAAUAGUGUCUUGGAUAUAUUCUUUCAGUGUUCCCCCAAAGGAGCGUUUAUUGAAAUCUCGAGGAUCUUCCCAGUCCAUCUUCCAGCCACACCGUUCUCAUUUUCAAGUUAGAAAGUCAAGGGAAAGUGAUUGACGCAGAUUGAGAAAGACCAAACAAUCGAGUGAAAGACAUUCGAGAUUCAAGUCCAAUUGGAGAAUAUAACAUAGCUGUGGACAAAAAAGCGAGUAUCGGGAACUGUUUGGCAAUCGAGGAGAAAGCCAAAGAGUGUCCAUCGGAAAAGAAUUCGCAAUAAAAAAACGGGGAUUAACAUUUGCCAGGCAACCAGAUCAAAGUACUAAAAAAAUGAGGCAAAUUGACGUUGAGAGUCCGAUAGUUCCUCCCUUGAUUGACAUAAAAGAGAGACGGGAAGAUCCACUGCGGAGGAUCCAGGAAGAAAUUAACGAAGUUGUCAGACGCGAGAGAGAAUUGAGAGCAGCUGCAACGCGCAUUCAGUCGCCGAAGUCUCCCGUUGUAGCCCUUGCGGAUGAUUCAGGUAUCUCCACAACAUCUUCGAGCCCCGUGAACGGUGCCCCAGCUGAAGAGGAGGACAAAAGUUCUGGGCCAAAGUCAGCUCAACCCUUCAAUCGCACCCCCACGGCAUUUACCUUUGUGCCGCGCAAUCAGACCAAUUUGCACCAGGGUCCACGCAUUCCGGAAAUGCUCACGCGGACAAUGUCCACGCCACAGAUCUUCCAGCCAACACCCAAUCAGCGGCGGGGCUUAAUGCAGCGCUUCAUUGCGUCCCGUGGGAGAAUGAAUGCGAACCAGCAGACGUUUCCCGUCGAUAAAAAGAUCAACAAUGGGCCUCCUAUACUUAUUUCACCAACGGCCAAGACUAGUCCUCCAGUGAUCGAACGUGAUCAAAAUGGGCGACCUAUUAGACGAGGCUACGUUCCCGUUGAAGAGAAGAUACAGAAGGAGUUGCGUGAAAUGAAGAAUCGCGAAGUGGAGCUGAAGCAACUUCGUAAGCUGUCUCACUUGCGAGCAUCAAAUCCCGACCUUCUUGAUGAAGGCGAAGAUUUUGACAUUGAUGAUGGAUCAGAUCGAGAUGAAGAGUCCGGUUCUUUUGGAAAAAUGAACGGAGCCAAAUCCAUCAGUGAACUAUGCGACAGUCUUACGAGUUCUAGUCUCUCACCCAGGAAUACCCCAAGCCCCAAAUUGGAUGGACACAAUCACACAAAGCUGCGUCCUGCUCUAUCCCUGGCUCAGCUUUGUGAUGUUGACCCCACAGAGGCUCCUUCGGCACCCUGCUUGAUUGCCCAAUGGGAGGACUUUAUCAUGAAGAAGCGCCGAAAGAACAUCUAAAGACUCCCCGCCCAGAUGGUUCUGCAUGUCGAUCAAAGUUGUACCAGGGAUGGAUUUUGUCAUCCAAAAAUAUACAAAAAAAAUCUGUGAAUAGAUUUCCUCUGCAAUUUUUUCGCAAUGGCUUUUAAAAAGUGAUUUUUAGUUUUCAAAAUUAGUACUAAAAAAUUUAUUUUGGAAGUAAUUUCCACAAAGUAUGCUGAAAAUUGAGUAGAAUUUGAAGACGAUUUUUUAUAACAUUUUAAGCAUUUGUCUUUAUAUUUUAUAACUCCUAUUGUCAUGAGAUAUUUUGUUAUAUCUUAUAAAUUAAUUUGAAGAAGUAUUGUUAUGGAAGUAUUGAUUGGUUGAGAAUGAAAUGUAAUUGUAAAUAUAUUGAAGUAUACACAAUAAAAAUGAUUUAUUGAAGAAAUAUUAGGAAAA